ACGAUUCCUCACGAAAAGUGUUCGGAAAUCGUGGCUCGUAGCGCCGCUAGUCUUAUUUCAGUUGGGCAGAGCGCUGGUCGAGUAUUUGCCUCUGCUUGAACAUUUAUCGUAAAAUUUCGGUUAUCAAUAAUUCUAAUCAGCCAAACAAUGAGACUGAUAGAAAAGGUGUUCAAACCAACGGGGCCAAAACAUGCCGGAACAUUGAUCUUUUUCCACGGUUCGGGCGACAGUGGCAGCGGAUUGACGGAAUGGAUCCGGUUUCUGCUCGGGCGAGAUCUCGAGUUCCCGCACAUUAAGGUCAUCAUCCCGACGGCUCCCGUACAACCGUACACGCCGAUGGGGGGAGAAAACUCGAACGUAUGGUUCAACCGGAAGCGCAUCGAAAUGGACUGUCCGGAAAUACGCACGUCACUCGCCUCGAUCUACGAUACCGUCAACGAGCUGCUGGUGCGUGAAAUGGCCACCGGUACGCCGCUAGAUCGGAUCGUUGUCGGUGGUUUCUCGAUGGGUGGCGCCCUGGCGAUGCACACCGGUUUCCACCUGAACCGUGACCUGGCCGGUGUGUUUGCCAUUUCUUCGUUCCUCAACACGGGCAGUAUUGUGUACGAGUCGCUGGGUUGUGUUUCGCAGGACGAACACUUGCCCGAGCUGCUGAUGAUGCAUGGGGAACGCGACGACCUUGUGCCCCUCGAAUGGGGACAGACAACGUUUGAUGAGCUGGCGAAGCUGGGAGUGCGGGGGCAGUUUGUGCCGCACCGGAACGCGCUGCACGAAAUCAAGAAGGAUCAACUGUUGCGGGUCAUCGAUUGGGUGCAGAAGCUCAUUCCGGAACCGAAAUACGAAGCUUCACCACCCCCGGCCCCGAAAACGGAUUCCACCAAAAGUACGAAGAAAGGAAAACUGUGACCAACUAAUUGAAUACAUAUUUGUUUUAAUUGUCGGAUUUUUUAACGGCGUAUUAAAAUGAUGAUAAGCCUUAAAAUGAUAAAUUUCGUUUACCAUAAAUUACUUACACAUACAACGCUUAUCUUCCACCUUCGGACGAGCAUUGUGCGCGGAGAUGAUAAUGCGAAUUACCUAAAACAGAUUCCUUAAGAUAAGGAAGCUGUUCGUCGUGUACGGAAGUCUGUUUUUCGAUGCAAUGCUCUUACAUUAAGAAGUAAACAAGCGAUCAACAUGUGGUCGCAUCUUUUGAGUUUGUGCACGUCGUUGGGAGGCACAAUUGAUUCGUGCUAAAAAUACAAAAUUAAUUAGGCUUCUGGUUUGUUGUUGGUAGCUAUUUUAAGAACACGCGUGGUAAACAAGCGCCCUUUAGUUAAUUUGGUUUUCAUAGAAGUGGGAUGUUAAAAGCAAAAAGUCUUUUUGGUUUUGCAUUAUAAUUUCUUGUAGCCAACUAUACACACAUUUUCCCCAUUUUCAUGGCAUUACUCUACGAAAAAAAGUAUACUAUUCGAAACGUAUUGAUUUCACAGAUUUU